CGCCCCUCUAUAUCAGACCACGCCCCUUACCGCGAGACUCGGCCUCUCAUUGGCUCAGAUCCCACCCCCCAAAAUCCCGUCAGGGGGCUCCCCCCCCCUCUCUCCGCCCUGCGACCCGGAAGCGAGUGAGCAGAACGGAACACGUGUUCGGGCUGAGGUCAGGUGGCCGCUAAACACGUGAGCGCACACUGAGGAUGCGUUUUCUCGCACACAGAGAGAGACACACACACGGAACUAAAAUAACUUACUAAGGGCCGGUGGGGGUUUAGCGUCGAUAGGAGGGUUUGCUCGGUAGAGGUAGAGCUCGCGUUUUUUUGGUUGAUUCGCGUGCACUGCCCACACAAACUGCGUUUGCCCCCCACCCCUUUCCUCCCUCCGUCCUCCUCGUCCCGUCAGUACCGGACGGACGUUUUCAAGUUGUUGACCACCGAAAUUUCGGAAUUGGAUGCACGCGGCGUCACCGGUCCUACAGCAAGGUCACCGAGGACUCCUUGGGCUGCCCAGAGUUUGCACAGCGCCGCCCUUAAACGCGGCACUUGUGAAAGAUGCUUCUGAAAGGAGCAAAUCGUCUGCGCUGCUUGAAUCGUCACGCGAGAGCCCGUGGAGCCACGUGGAAGCACUCUGUAGGAGAGGUGGGAUGGCCGUCUCGUGCCCAUUACUGCAGCUCUGGACACGAAGGAGUGGAGAGCACCCCCGAGUUCGACGUGAUCGUGGUGGGAGGGGGCCACGCGGGGAGCGAGGCGGCAGCGGCUGCAGCGCGCACGGGGGCCCGGACGCUGCUCGUCACGCACAAGUUCGACACCGUCGGCGAGAUGUCGUGUAACCCUUCGUUUGGCGGCAUCGGCAAGGGCCAUCUAAUGCGCGAGGUGGAUGCCCUGGACGGGCUGUGUGGGCGCUUGUGCGACCUCUCGGGCGUGCACUACCACGUGCUCAACCGCCGCAAGGGCGCCGCUGUGUGGGGACUUCGAGCGCAAAUCGACCGCACGUUGUACAAGCAAAACAUGCAGGAGGAGAUCUUGAGGACGCCGAACCUGACGGUGCGGACGGCAGCUGUGGAGGACCUGAUCGUCGAUGAGCCCGCGGUGACGCAAGUGGGGAAGUGUCGUGUGCGCGGAGUUAUUCUGGGGAGCGGCGAGCGGGUGGAGGGGCACGGCGUGGUGAUCACCGCGGGCACGUUCCUGCGCGGGGUCGUGGGCAUCGGCACGGAGACGUGGCCGGCGGGGCGCGCGGGCGACGGCCCCGCCGUGGGGCUGGCUCGGACGCUCGAGGAGCUCGGCUUCACCGUUGGGAGACUCAAAACGGGAACGCCACCACGGAUCGCCAAAGAUUCUGUGAAUUUCGCCGAUCUUCAGAAACAGUUUCCGGACAACCCUCCGGUUCCAUUCAGCUUCAUGAAUGAGAAAGUGUGGAUCAAGCCCGAGGAGCAGAUGGUGUGUCACUUGACACAUACGGGCCCGGAGGUGGAGCGGAUGAUACGGGACAAUCUUCAUCAGACCAUGCACGUGGCGGAGACCACAAUGGGGCCAAGGUACUGCCCAUCCAUCGAGGCGAAGGUGCUGCGCUUCUCGGGGCGGAGGCACCAGGUAUGGCUGGAGCCCGAGGGGCUGCACUCCGACAUCAUCUACCCGCAGGGCCUGUCCAUGACGUUACCCGCCCCUCUACAGGAGCAGCUGCUGCGCACCAUCCCCGGACUCGAGAACUGUCGCGUCUUGCGCCCAGGCUACGGGGUGCAGUACGACUUCAUGGACCCACGGCAGAUCCGUCCAACCUUGGAAACGCGCCUCGUGCAGGGGCUGUUCUUCGCGGGGCAGAUCAACGGCACCACGGGCUACGAGGAGGCAGCCGCGCAGGGAAUAAUAGCCGGCAUAAACGCAGGCCUGAGGGCGACGGGGCGGCCGCCGUUCGUCGUGAGCCGCACGGAGGGCUACCUGGGCGUGCUCAUCGAUGACCUCACCACCAUGGGCGCCAGCGAGCCCUACCGCAUGUUCACCAGCCGCGCCGAGUUCCGGCUCUCGCUGCGGCCUGACAAUGCAGACCAGCGCCUCACACCGAGAGGUUACACAGAGGCAGGCUGCGUGAGUGAGGAGCGUUACCGUCGCGCCCUCUCCGUCGGCAGGGAGCUCCAGGAGGGGCUCGACAUCCUCCGAGACCACCGCCUCUCGACCUCCAAGUGGAAUAAGGCGCUGCCGUCAUGUGACAUGAGCACCACGCGCAGUGACAGCCCCAGUGCCCAUCUCGUUCUGCAACAGCCAAAUGUCACUCUGAUGGACAUAGCGGUCGUCUUCCCGGAAAACCUUGCCCGGUUCACCCACUCGCAGGAGGUGUGCGAGAGAAUGAAGAUUGAAGCCGUGUACUCCACACUCACCUCGAGGCAGCAGGAUGAGAUCGAUGAGGUCCGUCGAGACGAAGCGUUGCAGCUCCCGGACGACCUGGACUAUGAGCAGCUCAACAUCUCGCUCUCGAGCGAGGUGCGAGAGAAGCUCGCGCUCGUCCGCCCGCCCACGAUCGGAGCCGCCGGAAGGAUUCCUGGCGUCACUCCCGCCGCCGUCAUCAACCUCCUGCGCUUUGUGAGACAACGGCCGCAUCACGGGCGGCCAGGGGUCGGAGGCCACAACUCCGAUACGCGCGUCACACAGAGUGCGCUGGAUUCCUAUUGAAAUGAGUCCCGCCACCACACACACAGACGCUGCGCUGCAAUAUGCAGCCGAGUGGAGGCUCAGCCAUUGCGCAUCCGACUGUGAAUUAUCCAUCACCCAAAGAAGUGGGAAUUGUCACGAUUCGGGGUGGCAUGUCAAUUCACGAUUCGUUUAAUUUUUGUCUUGCUUUUAGUAUCUCAUUUGUAUUGUUUCUUUGUAGUUUUUGUUUGUUCCUUUAACCACAACGUAAAGGGAUGUCAUAUGAGCGUACUCUGCAUUCGUUAUAAACGAUCACCAACUACACGCACAAUUUGUGGUACGUAUCGUGAGCCUAAUAACCAAUAUUAGUCAUCGAAGCAUCGUUAGAUCCCACGCCUCCGGCUUCUGUUAGCGACUGGCCGCUGCCACCAGUCGAAUGUUUAUCCAGGAUCGGGCACGUGACGAUGUGUAGCUCUGGUGAGGUCUUCUGCCGUGCAUGACUGCGCCAUGGUAAUCACACUCAUUAUCAUCAUAUAUACCAGGUGUUAGGACUACUCUUACAGAUAUUAUUCUUGAUGCACAAUGAACAGAAAUGCUUACUUGGUCAGUAGCUGAAUAACACAUUCUUGCGGAGGGAGCUGGUAGGAACGUUGGGUUGCUCGGCCAAUGGCCAGGGUCAACGGCGGCGUGGUGUAUUCCGCAAAUAUGCCCGACUGUGAGGGCGGGCACAAGCCGGCGUGAGUAGGUUAAACGUUGAUUUUUAUAAGGGCACCACGGGGUAACCAGCCCCUCCCCACCCAGCCCCACCCCUCCCACUCCCCACCCUCCCCAUUCAGUCCCUCCCCACCCUCCCCACCCAGCCCCUCCCUCCCCACCCCUCCCUCCCCACCCCUUCCCUGCACGACGGACGGACACAAUAAUCCCCUGUGGGCUGGUGGAACACGUGGUUUCCUACUAGUAUAAGAACAGUUCUGAUAUACAUCAUUAGACCUCCUUUGCCAGUACAAAAUAUAAUAGGGUUUUUCCUCUUUUUUUCUGGCAACAAAACUGAAACCUUUUUACAAGGAUUCAUGUCUGCAUUAACCACAAUACUUGCAGUCAAAAUGCAAACAAAAAUCACACUGAUAACAUAUGCAUUACUUUGAUAGUGCAUUGUCUUUGAGCUGUACGCCUUUUGGCGUCCUCUGGUCGAGCACCAAUUGGGUCGAGGCUCAAAAGAAAGCCGUCCCUAGUGUGGACCAAUCCGUUUCAAGGACAAUGCAUAUAUUAUCAUAGUGUUUUUUUUGCAUUUUGACUGCAAGUAUUGUGGUUAACGCAGACAUGAAUCCUUGUAAAAAGGUUUCAGUUUUCUUGCCAGAAAAAAGGGGAAAAAACCCUAUUAUAGCUCUGAUAUAAGCAACAUCCUUACAUUACACUGGUUGGGGGGGCAGGGGGAGCAAGUUUAAGGGCAACUUCUGAUACAAAACGCGCUUUUGUUAAAAUCCACACUGGCCUUAUCCCCGAGUGCUGUGCGCAUUGCGCGUCGAAUGACAAUCGCGGCACCGGCCUUUCUGUUGCCAUUCUUUCUGCUAAGAAGGUACGGGACGGGGAAGAGUGUCGCUCGGUCGUGCUUUCAGUCGGGUGUCCUGGUCUCGUGACCUCGGCAAGGGCAACACCACCCUGUUUGGCGUCAGAGAGCGAGCCGACACAUGCACGUCAGGUGCCGUUCGCUGAGAGCCUUGUUUAUUUAAAGUUGCGGUGUUCUGGGUGGCUUUGGUUUUACUUGUGGCACGUGCGACGGUGAAACGACUCCGCUUCGCCUGUGGGGUGUUUUAAAGUGAUGGAUCGGCAGACCAUGGAGAUGUUAAUCAGGUCUCUGAGCUGUGGAUUUUACUGGAGGCAAAAGGGGGGGGGGGGGGAAUUGUUGUCCUGAGAAGUUGGAAUAUUUGUCACACGCUUGCUUUCUGCAGUUUGAAUGGAUUGGAUUUUUGACAUCGAUGGUGGUCCCGUUGAGCCAGUUGCCCGACUAUUUUUACACGGGAGAUCCGUGCUGUGAUCACAGUAACAAAUCAAAUCGUAAAAACGUUGAUAUUGCAGAGAACGAGAAGAGGGUACCCUUAAGGGUUAUUGCAGAGGCGAAGACUUGCGGCCUCCACUCAUCUACCAGUAGCAACUUGAUAAGUGUUAAUGUACAUAGUGUAUGUUCUCUUAAGUUAUUUUACAGUACUGUAUUGUUCGUAUUGAGAGAUAGACUACACAAAGUAUGGAAAUAACUGAUUAAAAGUUUCUUUUUCAUAGUAAAUAUACAAGAUUUA